AUGAUUCCAUUCACAUUCCUCCUAAUUAUCCCAUAUGUACUCUCAUCAUGUGUCGACAAUGGUGUGAAGCAUGCUGAAAAUGAGAAAUGGGUCAGAAAUGGGAAUUUUCUGGUCACUUGUGCAGAAGGAGAGAUUAAGGUUCUAAACUGCCUCACCGAUGGAGGAACAGUCCUCGAGUUAGGUACGGUAUCCUAUGUCGAAAAUGGAGUCGAGUACUCUUGCACUGAUGAUGAGCCCGUUUUCGAAGGUUCCGGAGAAGAGAUCUCGGUGAACAACUGUCCAGAUAAUGCAGAUGGCUCUGAUGAUAUAACGAUAGGACAUUUUCUCAUCUGCUGCAUUUCAAAGAGAUUUAAAGGAUGCGUCGACGAUUAUGGAGAUUCAGUGAAAACUGGACAUUUUGUAAUAGGAAAAGGUCUUUUAAAGUAUUGCAACAUUCAGAAGAAUGGAUUGCGAGCGAGAAUUGAACCAAAAGGCUGUUUUAAUGGAACUCGAACAGACGAUGUGGAGGAUGUAUCUCUUCAUAUCAAAAAGUAUGCAGUUUGGAAACAAGGAGCCUACGAUAUGAGAUGUGGUGACGACGGCAUUCAAGUGUACAGGUGCUACGUCGGCAACAAAACGGUAUAUGUAGGACAGGCUUGGAUAGACAAUGAAGGGAUUGUGAAUAUUUGUAAAUAA